AUGGAAGCGGGUUGCGUCGAGUUUGGUUCUGGUUCUAUUUUCUUUCAUUUCGCGAGAUAUCCGGGGUUGUGGUGGGUCUUGCGUCCGUCGGAUGAUUUGGGUGGUUGUCGACCGACGCAACCGUGUCUUAGUGUCGGCGUCGGUGGCAAGCGAAAGCCCGGCGAGCAGACGGACCGGAACCGACGCAAAAAACGCGUCCGGAUCCGGACCGAGUCGGGCGAGCUGGUGUCCACUAACGAGGCCCAACGCGCGUCCACGUCCAUCUUCAUGCGAGUGACGGAUCGGGGGAUUUUUGUUGUGCCCACAGAGUACGCGAUGCGCGGGGCGGCCGGGUUCCCGCAGUCGGGCUACGCCGAGUUGGACGCCACGCUCAUGCCGCCGGGCACCGCCGCUGCAGCGGGGAACCACUUCCGAGGACCCUCGGCUUCCGGCCUGCCUGACGACCGUUUCGGAGUGGAGGGCAACGGCCAUUACGGCACGCGGAGUUACCCGGGAGGCUUGCCCGAAAGCAGGAACAGCAAUCUCCACGCGCCUAGAGCUGUCUUCGACGAGGACGAUCCCCUGGGGCACCGGUCCCCGUCCCAGGCCAGCGAUCACUCCAAAGUUGAUGAACAAUACCCAGUGUUUCCACGAAGCGAAGUUGCGAAAAGUCCGUCUGUUUUCUUCACUAACAAACUGGAAUUCGGCUUUUGUGCCCGUGGAAUUGAAUCCCGUUGGGUUUUCGUGGAAACUGCGAAGAAGCGUUCAUUUUUCGAUUCUCACGAGCNCCCGGGAGGCUUGCCCGAAAGCAGGAACAGCAAUCUCCACGCGCCUAGAGCUGUCUUCGACGAGGACGAUCCCCUGGGGCACCGGUCCCCGUCCCAGGCCAGCGAUCACUCCAAAGUGCGAUGGAGAGAUCCGGACUUGCACGAAGUCAUCGAGUUCCUCAACCACCCCAAUAACAUGGUGAAGGCGAAUGCUUGCGCCUACCUGCAACACCUGUGCUAUAUGGACAACCCCGUGAAGCAGAAGACCAGGGCCCUGGGCGGGAUCCCACCUCUGGUCCAACUCCUGGGCCACGAAUCGCCCGACGUGCACAAAAACGCUUGCGGAGCCCUCAGAGUGAUGGGCUACGAUUUUUAUGACGGAUAA